GUCAAUCAUAGAUUAAAUAUUGUCUGCUAUGGAGGAACUCUGUUUUCAAAAUGAGUUUGGACAUUGAUGAUGCUGCGAACUCGCGGAGAAACGGUUCUGCGGAGCUGUACACGGAGACGCCUCUGUCAGCCAACAUCUCUAAUGUGACCACAGGGAAUGAAACCGAUGUUAUUCCCCUGGACCUUACUCGGGCUGUCCCUCUGGGGAUGGUUCUGGGUGCUUUUAUUGUGUUUGCGAUCGUUGGCAACAUACUUGUCAUUCUCUCUGUGGUAUGCAACCGACAUCUGCGUAUCCCAACGAACUAUUUCAUUAUUAACCUGGCCAUUGCUGACCUGUUGCUUAGUACCACGGUGCUGCCUGUUUCCGCUACUUUGGAAAUCCUCAAUUACUGGGUGUUCGGGAGGAUCUUCUGUGACAUCUGGGCGGCAGUGGACGUGCUGUGUUGUACCGCGUCUAUCAUGAGUCUGUGCGUAAUCUCAAUAGACCGGUACAUCGGGGUGCGAUACCCGCUGCAAUACCCGAGUAUUGUGACAGAGAGAAGGGCGCUUCUGGCCAUGCUCGGGGUCUGGGUUCUCGCCCUGGUCAUCUCCAUCGGACCUCUGCUCGGCUGGAAACAGCCGCCCUCUCCGGACGACAAGGUUUGUCCCAUCACCGAAGAACCGUUUUACGCACUGUUUUCUUCCCUGGGUUCUUUCUAUAUACCGCUGGCCGUGAUUCUUGCCAUGUACUGCCGGGUCUACAUAGUUGCCAAAAGGACCACAAAGAACCUGGAGGCGGGAGUGAUGCGGGAGAGAAGGGACUCUAAUGAGUUCACGCUCAGAAUCCACUGCAAGGGCACGCAGAUGCCGGAGGACUGCAGCGGCGCGGGCAAAGGUAGGGGGCAGCAGACAAGGAGCUCGCUCACGGUCAAACUGCUGAAGUUUUCCCGGGAGAAGAAAGCUGCCAAAACGCUUGGAGUCGUGGUGGGGAUGUUUAUUCUCUGCUGGUUGCCAUUCUUCCUCGCGCUGCCUAUUGGGUCGUUCAAUAACAACCUGCGUCCGCCCGAGACGUUCUUCAAAGUGAUCUUCUGGCUGGGCUACUUCAACAGCUGCCUGAACCCCAUCAUCUACCCCUGCUACAGCCGGGAGUUCAAGCAGGCCUUCAUCCGGAUCCUGCGUUGCCAGUGUCAGCGGCGCCGGCCCGGCUGGACCGUGUACCGGUACCGCAGCUGCCGGCUGCGCACCUCCCAGCACUCGCACAAGGACUCGGCGGACAACACCUCCGCCUGCCUCAACGGGAGCCCCCGGACGCUCUCCUCCACCAAUCCCAGCCCCAGCAACGCCUGCAAGGGGGCGGGGCCUCGGCGCCUGGAGCUGGAUAGGUUCCACGGCUGGGGCCCCUCCCCUUGCCCCUCCCCGUGCCCCUCCUCCUCCUCCCCCCUGCCUGGGAGCCCAUCUCCAGAGACGUGCCACCACGGCGCUAACAAGCUCAACGGGGUGACCCCGUGCACACCCCCCUGCCUCCCCCUCCCUGGCAGGCAGAACGGGAGCAGAGGCACAGAGAACAGAGGGGCGGUACCCCAAAGCAAGAUGUGAC